AUGGCAGCGGGAAGGAUGCAAUGGCUGUCGCUUGCUCUAGCAGCUUCGCUAGCGAUGCUCCUGUCGUCGAGCGCAUCGCAGCCAGGCAUCGGGUUCGGGUACUACAAGGAGACGUGCCCGGCGGCGGAGCAGAUCGUGUUCCGGGAGACGACGAGGAUCGUCAGGGCCUCGCCGGACCUGGCCGCCUCGCUCCUCAGGCUGCACUACCACGACUGCUUCGUGCAGGGCUGCGACGCGUCCGUCCUGCUCGACUCCACCGACGGCACCCCGGCGGAGAAGGACGCCAAGCCCAACGAGAGCCUGCGAGGUUUCGACGCCGUCGCCCGGGUCAAGGACAAGCUCGAGAAGGCCUGCCCGGCCACCGUCUCCUGUGCCGACCUCCUCGCGCUCAUGGCACGCGACGCCGUCGUCCUGAGCAAGGGCCCGUCCUGGCCGGUGGCGCUCGGUCGGAGGGACGGCCGGACGUCCAACGCCGGCGACUGCGGCCAGCUGCCGCCCCUGUACGGGAACAUCACGGUCAUGAUCGAGGUGUUCGCUGCCAAGGGCCUCGACGUCAAGGACCUCGCCGUGCUCUCGGCCGCGCACACGCUCGGGAAGGCGCACUGCUCCUCCUUCGCUGACCGCCUCUACAACGGCAGCGCUCCCAGCACCGACCCGACCCUGGAACGCCGGUACGCCGACAGGCUGCGAAUGCGGUGCCCUGGCCCCGGCGACAGCAGUGCGGCGAUGUCGGAGAUGGACGCAGGGAGCUGCUCGACGUUCGACACGAGCUACUACCGGCAGGUGGCAAGGGGGCGCGGGCUGCUCCGGUCGGACGCCGGCCUCAUGGAGCAUCCCGUCACCGGUGCCUACGUCCGGCGCGCCGCAGCUGGCAGGUACGAGGGCCACUUCUUCCAGGACUUCCGCGACUCCAUGGCCAAGAUGGGCGCCAUCGGCGUGCUCACUGGCAACCAGGGGGAGAUCAGGACCAAGUGCAACCUUGUCAACUGAACUACCCUAGCUAGCUAGUUAGGAUGAAUCAUGCAUGAUUUCGAUGUCACGAGCUAGGAUGUGCGGCUAUUUGUUUAAUUAAUUUAUUUUUAUCUCCUACCAUGGGCUAGCUA